GAUACGAAAUGUUCAAUUUGAUUUACUGCAGUUUGCCCCCUCAAGGUCACAUCCUCCUAACCGCCACAAGAUUAUUUUUGUCGCAGUUUCACCGCACAUCAUUUCGCACAAUGGAUAUUGUAAUUAUUCCUGCUCUGUCUGAUAAUUACAUGUAUUUGGUUAUUGACAAAGCUACAAAAUCUUUUGUAGCUGGUUCCACCACUCCCCAGAAGUUCUCAUCUCCUCCAUGUCACCCACGAACACUCAACUCAUCGUUUCCUAUUCGGAUUCCACUGGAGCAAUGGCCUAUCGCACUAUGUGUGUUAGAUUCAACGCCGUUUCCUUUGGGAUAUUGUCAGGCGAUAGAUUAUUGGUUGGCAUGUGCAGCUGUCGAUCCAGUCGAAGCUGACAAAAUUUUGCAAAUAGUCAAAACCGGUGGAUUAACUCUUACCACUAUACUAACAACUCAUCAUCAUUAUGACCACGCUGGUGGGAAUGUUGAUCUUGUUAAGAAAUGCAAAGAAGAAGGAUUUGGACCGCUGAAGGUGUACGGUGGUGAUGAUCGUAUCGGUGGUUUGACAGAUACUGUAUCCCAUGGUGACAAACUGAAAAUUGGUAAGAAACUCAAUGUUAAAUGUUUGGCUACACCGUGUCAUACUACUGGCCAUAUUUGUUAUUAUAUUACUGAAGAAGAUAGCAUGCAAGAUGGUGCUGUUUUUACUGGUGAUACAUUAUUUCUUGGAGGAUGUGGCAGAUUCUUUGAAGGCACUGCUGAGCAAAUGUAUAAAGCACUCAUAAAUACACUGUCAAAGUUACCGACAGGAACAAAAAUCUAUUGUGGACACGAAUACACAUUGAAAAAUCUUGAAUUUGGUUUGACUGUGGAGCCUAGAAAUGAAGUACUUCAACAGAGACUGGAAGCUGUUAAACGUAUGCGUGCAACAAAUCAACCGACUGUUCCUGGGACAAUCGGUGAGGAAAGGGCAACUAAUCCUUUCAUGCGUGUUUCCGAGCCUGAUAUUCUGGCACAUUGCAAAACUACAGAUCCUAUCAAAGCUAUGAAAACAAUACGUGAAGAAAAAGAUCGUUUUUAAGGGUGAAGAAUAGACGGUGUUUCCAACGAUACCGGUUAAUUUACUCUGUCAUUAGUCAUUGUCUACUCACCCUGCAGUCAUGUGAUGUUUUUCCUAAAGAAAAACUCAGUUUUUUGAGUAUAUUUUCCCAAUAAAUUCUUUAAGAGCUAA